AUGGCCCCACUCCAGUUCUCCUUCCCGCUGUCCCACACGCCGGCGUACCCGGACGCCGUCCAGUGGUCCCAGGACGACCUGCUGGCCGUGGCCGCCGGCGCGGUGGUCGUCAUCCUGAAUCCCUUCAACCUGGGCGGGCCCCGGGCGUGCGCGGCCGGAGCGCCCCCUGAUGUGGGCCCCCUUGUGGCGGACUGCGUGCCACAGCGGCCGCAGUCGUGCCUGAAGUUCUCGGUGGCGGCGCUGGAGGAGAUGCGGCUGAGGGACGCGGCCUGGAGGGCGCCAGCGCGGUCGCUGGCAUGGUCGCCAAGGGGCUGCGCGCCGGACGGGGGGUGCCUGCUGGCGCGCGUGCUGGCGGACCAUCAGGUGCUUGUGGAUGCUGCACCCGUUGAGAAGAUCAGCGCCAACUGGGUGACGAUGGCGAACCUGACCAAACCGCUCUGUGAGCAUGUUCGGAAGCAGGAUCUUGAGGUGUCGUACUGUGCACACCUUACUGAGAUGUCAUUAGGGGGCCCAGGACUGCUCAGCACAAGUCCUGGAAAAGGUGAACGAUCUUGCGAAACACAGCCUGACGAGAUGCCUUUGGGGACCCCAGGACCUCUCAGUGGAGGUCCAAAACAAAAGGAACAAGUGUGCAAGCAACAGCAACCCACCACCAGUGGCAGAGGACAUGGACGCCCAAGAACCAGACCACCAUCUAGCACUGCGCCACAUGCCUACUGUCCUGCAAAAGGCGACAGUGUGGAGGUCGCAAACAAAGGGGAAGGACUUGGGGGCUCCUGGUUCAGGGCCAAAGUCCAGGACGUGCGUGAUGAUGGAUUUGCCCUUGUGCAAUACCUGGACCUGUCGUUGGAUGGGAAAGGCAAGGAGCCACGAAGAGAGUGGUUCCCAUUCUGUCGUCUCGAAAUGUCGUGCCCUCCAACAGGCAUUGCUGAUGACUGCGAAGUGCACAUGGAUAGGAGACACCACAGGAUGCGACCAACACCACCCGAUGAUGUGAGGAUAUGCUUCGAUGAUGCUGGCUUGCUAUCUGCGACCCAAAAUGGAGGCGAAUACAGCCACCUUGGCAAGAUGUGUUUGGCUGCUUGUUGGCCACAUUGUCCAUGUUGGCUGGACAUACUUGGCCUGGAAGAACAAACAAUGAUGGUGGAAGACUCUUUACAACGAAAAGGAGAGCAGUUCGUACUGUAG